GAGGGAAAAUGGCGGACGGGGUGGAUCACAUCGACAUCUACGCGGACGUGGGCGAGGAGUUUAACCAGGAAGCGGAAUAUGGUGGCCACGACCAGAUAGAUUUGUAUGAUGAUGUCAUCUCUCCUUCUGCAAAUAAUGGAGAUGCUCCAGAGGACCGAGAUUAUAUGGAUGCCCUCCCACCGUCCGUUGGCGACGAUGUAGGGAAAGGAGCCGUACCAAACGUCGUUUACACCUAUACUGGCAAGAGAAUCGCAUUGUACAUCGGAAAUCUUACAUGGUGGACAACAGAUGAAGACCUGACUGAAGCAGUCCAUUCUUUGGGAGUAAAUGAUAUCUUGGAGGUCAAAUUUUUUGAAAAUCGGGCUAACGGCCAGUCAAAGGGGUUUGCUCUAGUUGGGGUUGGAUCCGAAGCAUCCUCUAAAAAGUUAAUGGAUCUGUUGCCUAAAAGAGAACUUCACGGUCAGAGUCCAGUUGUAACUCCAUGCAAUAAACAGUUUCUGAGUCAGUUUGAAAUGCAGUCCAGAAAAACCACCCAGUCGGGACAGAUGUCGGGAGAAGGCAAGGCAGGUCCCCCGGGAGGCAGCUCGCGGGCGCCGUUCCCUCCGGGAGGCCGCGGCAGGGGCCGCUUCCCGGGGGCCGUCCCCGGGGUGGACAGAUUCCCGGGCCCGGCUGUACCGGGAGGGCCGCCGCCGCCGCCGUUUCCAGGGGCACAGACUCCACCCCGUCCCCCCCUGGGUCCCCCCGGCCCGCCGGGUCCUCCGGGCCCACCCCCGCCCGGGCAGGUCCUUCCUCCUCCGCUAGCCGGGCCACCCAACCGUGGGGAUCGCCCCCCGCCCCCUGUCCUCUUUCCGGGACAGCCCUUCGGGCAGCCUCCUCUGGGUCCGCUCCCCCCCGGACCUCCUCCUCCGGUUCCGGGCUACGGCCCCCCUCCUGGCCCGCCGCCUCCUCAGCAGGGCCCACCACCGCCUCCGGGCCCUUUCCCGCCUCGCCCGCCGGGGCCGCUUGGGCCCCCCCUGACCCUCGCUCCGCCUCCACAUCUUCCCGGGCCGCCCCCCGGGGCCCCCCCGCCGGCGCCGCAUGUGAAUCCUGCUUUCUUCCCGCCUCCCGCCAACAGCGGCAUGCCGACGUCAGACAGCCGUGGGCCGCCGCCCCCGGACCCGUAUGGCCGGCCUCCGCCCUACGACAGGGGAGAUUAUGGACCUCCCGGAAGAGAAAUGGAUGCUGCGAGAGCUCCAUUAAGUGAAGCUGAAUUUGAAGAAAUCAUGAAUAGAAAUAGAGCCAUCUCCAGCAGUGCCAUUUCGAGAGCUGUGUCCGAUGCCAGUGCUGGGGACUAUGGGAGUGCCAUAGAAACAUUGGUUACUGCUAUUUCCUUAAUUAAACAAUCCAAAGUGUCUGCUGAUGAUCGGUGCAAAGUCCUCAUUAGCUCUUUGCAGGAUUGCCUUCAUGGAAUCGAAUCCAAGUCGUACGGUUCUGGAUCGAGAAGACGUGAACGGUCAAGAGAGAGGGACCACAGUAGAUCAAGAGAAAAGAGCAGACGUCAUAAAUCCCGUAGCAGAGAUCGUCAUGAUGAUUAUUAUAGAGAGCGGAGCAGAGAGAGAGAGAGACAUCGGGACCGGGACCGGGACCGCGAUAGAGAGCGGGACAGGGAACGAGAGUAUCGUCACCGUUAGAGAAGCUGAAGGAAGAGGAACGCCUCACAAGACAAGAAACAUUCUUCAUGGGAGAAAAACAGACGCUUGUCCGGCAGUUUGCUUCUGGGGACUGCACCGAACCCGUAAGGAUUCAAGGAUAAAAAUGAACAGGAAUAGAUCUGAAUAAAGCAAAUCUGCAUAAAUGGUAACCAGUAGCUCUACUUUUACUUUUUACGUUGCUUACCUGUUUUAUUUGAAGGAAACCUGUGUGAUUUAAAAGUUAUAGCUUUUGCAACUUUAUUACUGGUUAUAUACUUUUGGCAAUUAUAAUUGUGCAAGCAAAUGGGGGGGAAAAAAGUCAAGUAAAUGCUUGUUUUUUACGGUAGUUUGUUCUUGUUUAAAAUGUUCAUAUGAUAAUGUCUGUAAACAGCACCACUUUGAUUACCAUAGAUGUAGUGUUGUAAUAAACUGUUUAAUGGGGCUGAUGUGUAAAGCUGUUCAAGUUAUUUGAUGUUUACACCUCAGGGAAAGUCUUGUGUUCAGCAAUAUUUAGAGAUCAUGUGACUAGAACAACAUUUAUACUGUCUUUAAAAAAAGCAUCGCAAUAGAUUUUGGAAAUGCAUCAACCUAAUCUUGCGUUUAAUGAACCAUACCGAUUAAGUGUCGCACACUUAAUUUCGAUAUUAGACUAGGCGAUUAGCUGGGGUAUUUAAUAUUUCUCUAUUCUGCUUUUCGAGCAGUUUUUUUACCUAGGUGGCUUGUGAAUUUGCUAAAUGACAUGUAAAACUGUAAAGACUGCAGCCUGACGUUCUGUGAUGCAAGUAGUCAAGGCAGUGUUUUAGGAUAAGGGAAUGGAAAGUGUUCCCAGUUUUUAGUAAAAUCCGCACAGUCUGCCAUGGCACGCAAUUUUAUUACACUUAAAACAAUUGCAGCUUCGAAAGGUAGAUCGUUAGUGUCGGGGAGGUCUGACGGCAGUUUCAAGGUGGUACUGCAGUUGUUUACAGUUUUAUAUUGAUGGUGUUUCUGGGUGUUUUUUUUUCCCCCAAACCAUAUGGGCAAUGUAUAUACAGCUGUGCACCAGAUACAUGUGAGUAAAGAAGGCCUUAGUUUCCGUUUUCCAGGAGCUGUGCGUUCUGAGAGAUGCCAUACUCUCUUAUUAUCUUGGUUCGUAACUAGGAUUUUUGAUAUAUGUAAUCUCCUGCACAAUGUUUUGAGGAAAUGUUUGUAUCCAUGCAGCCCAUUAGCUCAUGCUACAGUUAACUAUCUGAGAUUUUUCCAACCUAUCUUAAAAAUAAAUUGCUUAGAAACUGCACCGGCACACUUCCAAGAGAAAAAAAAAAAAAAGAGAACCGGCUUACCCAUGGAUUUGGUCAGUUUUGAUCUAAAUUGGAAAACUGGAAAUCAAUCUGUGGUAUUUAUUGAGCGCUCACCAUGUGCGGAGCACUGUACUUUGCGCUUCGGUAGAGGUGGUUAGGUACGAUCCCUGCCCACGACGGACUUACAGUCCAGAGAACCCCCAAUCUAGCCUGUCUGGUAGGCAGAGCCGAGAGUAAAUGUACCAGGCGUUUAAUUGAUUAUGAAAGUGAUUUGUUUUUAAGAUAAGUUUUAAAGGCCCCAGUGGCCUUAAAAUUUUUGAAAAGUCUUUGAGAAAACUCUGGCUCUGUUUAAAUUGUACCAAGUUUCAGACCUUGUUUGACUUUUCAGGCAAAAUACCAUAUUUUGUGCAACUGGGGAAACUUGGCUUGGCACUGCACGUUCCUCUGUCAUCUCUUAUCAUAGAUCACUUUUUCAUCCACAAACUGGCUGUUAGUUAAGGAUUUAUCCUUGUGCUUUUAACCUGAAUUUUAUUUCUUGAUAUUUUGAUUUUGUGACCAGAAUGUUCAUGCAUGGAAUCACUGGUACCUGCCCAGACUAUUUGCUGUCGGGGGAAUUUUCAAACGCUUGCUCAACAGUGUUUCAAGUUAAACUACCUAGUACAUGGAAUUUUGAAGUUGUAACGAUUUCACAUCAUUUUUAUUUUCCUAUUUUGUGCAUAGGUUUUCGAGUAGCUCUGGUGUCCUUUGUUAGCUUUCUUAAAACUUUCUAAAAAGCCAAAGGGAAGGAAUGUUGGCAUAUACUUAUUUAAAAAGGCACUAGUUAAUAUUGAUGGGGGCAGCAGGUAAGUAAAUAUCCACAAGACUCCUCUUCUGCAGUAGAUGAAUGAUUUCACCUGAAUAUUAACUCCACACAGGGUGGUUUAAAAUACGAACAGUCAGCCCUUUAUUAAUGUGCCUCGAGAGAGACUUUUAAUCUUGGCUUAUUUUAUUUUCCAUUUUCUCUUCUGCUGGCAAUAAAGCUGUCAAAAUCG